AACCCCAUCCUCCAUAGGACCAUAGCAGGCAGCUGCUGCAGGUACCGUCUUCCUGCCAUGGCCAUGGCGUCCGCCCUUGCGCUCCUCCUCACGCCCCGGCCCAUCUCCGCGAGGCCCACAUCGCCUCAUCUCCACUCCCGCCGGCUCGCUCUUCCUCCUCCCCGACCGGCCACCAUCUCCGCCUCAGCCGCCACCCACCCGCGCAAGGCCGGGAGCCUCCAGCAGCUCCAUGCCGCCUCCUGCUGCAGCAAUUCAGCGCCAGCCGCAGGCACCGGUGGAGGAGGCGCUACCGGCGCGAAGGAUUGGCGAUUCUUCCUGGCAUGGUAUUUGAUGUCUCUUGAUAAGAAUCCGAUUGCAACUAAGGCUGUCACUUCUGCCGUCCUAACUCUGGCCGGGGACCUCAUCUGCCAGCUUGUGAUUGAUCAAGUUCCAGAGCUCGAUUUAAGGAGAACAUUUGUAUUCACAUUUUUGGGAAUUGCACUCAUGGGGCCAACUUUACAUGUCUGGUACCUUUAUUUGAGUAAGUUAGUGACGAUCAGCGGAGCAUCAGGUGUCAUUACUCGCCUUAUACUUGAUCAGUUCAUUUUUUCUCCCAUUUUCAUCGGACUUUUCAUGAGCUUACUAGUCACCUUUGAGGGAAAACCCUCCCUUGUAGUGCCAAAGCUGAAGCAGGAGUGGUUAUCAUCAGUGGUGGCAAAUUGGCAAUUAUGGAUACCGUUUCAGUUUUUGAAUUUUUACUUUGUCCCCCAGAAGUUUCAGGUGCUUGCUGCCAAUUUCGUAGCCCUUGCGUGGAAUGUGAUUUUGUCAUUUAAGGCUCACAAGGAGGUUACUGCAAAAUAGGUGGCUUGGAGCAAAAUGGACAUCAUAUAUAGUAGGUUUACUGACUGACGAUGCGCAUGACGAUGUAUACUAUAUCGUGCCUCUGUUUAUAGCAUGUUGUUUGUGCUGUGAUGGGUUGAUGAAGCUCAUCGCGUAGGCAUUGCUGCCUCCUUGAGACUUGGUUAUGCCACCAAGGAACGUAAUAAGAAGACAAUUUGUUA